GAUGAUUGAUAUCAAACAAUUCGCUUCUCUUCAAGGAUACAGAACAGAAAACCAACUUGGGUAUUUUAAAAAGUGUGCUGAUCAUCACAAAUCGUGGGACUCUAUUUGUAAUAUUUACCGACAUGUCAUCACAUGUGAGCUAUUAUGGCCAUACGUAGCUGCGACAGAAAAUCCCUCAGUUGAAAACUAUCUAGAUUGGGCACGAAAACAAGAAGAUCAUAUAUAUAAAUUAAAAUUCGAACAA